AUAAAUAUCGCCGUCUUUCAUUGAAUUUACCAUAUCUUCCUCAGAGCUCCAGUCGUAUAAGGAUCAGUAUCUGUUGCAAUCGGUUUGCAACAAUGCAGUUCUUCGUUCUCGCUCUUUGUGUUGUGGCUGCCACGGCCACAUAUCCGAUAUAUAAUGGCGGCGGAGGUGGCAGAUAUCCUAUUGGCGGUAUUGGAUAUCCGAUAGGCGGUGGUAUAUAUCCCGGUGGGGGAUAUCCCGGUGGUGGAUAUCCUGGUGGUGGAUAUCCCGGUGGUGGAUAUCCCGGUGGUGGAUAUCCCGGCGGUGGAUAUCCCGGUGGUGGAUAUCCCGGUGGUGGAUAUCCCGGUGGUGGAUAUCCGGGUGGUGGAUAUCCCGGUGGUGGAUAUCCUGGUGGUGGAUAUCCCGGUGGUGGAUAUCAAAUAGGCGGCGGAUAUGACGAUGACGAUUAUGGCGGCGGUAUAUACGGAGGCGGGUUUUCAAUGAUGGGCGGAUCUGGUGGUUUUGGUUUCGGUGGCGGCAGAAUGACAGAUAUCGGAGCGGGAUACCGGCCAAAGAAAGGAAAAGGAAAAGGAAGAUACUAUUAGUACGAAAGACUGCAUGAAAAUAUUCGACACAAUGAAGACACCGCUGAGUAUGUUCCUGUGAAACAUUUUUAUCUACUUAUAUUUUACUUAUAAAUUGUUGCAUUCCAUAA